UGAGAGCGUUUAAAAGUGCAGAGCUGCGUGUGUAAGCGCUCUAGUCUCUAGUGGGAGUGUGUGGAGAUACGCUGCAGCCUGGACUCGGUACUACUGACAGUACAUCUGCUGCUGCUGCUGAUACCCUUUUCCGCUUUUCUUCAUCUUUCCCCUGGAAUUACUUUCACUUUGCUCACCGACCUUGAGGAAACAUGCUCAUCCUCCUUUGUGGAAUCGUCUUCCUGCACGUUGCAGCCCUAGCACUGCUAUUUGUGUCCACUGUUGUCAGUGCCUGGGCUGUAAACCCCACCAGCAGUGCUGACCUGUGGUUUAACUGCACCACAAUCAAUGGAGUUAACAGCUGUCAGCCUGGUGACACUGGAGUAUGGAUUCAGGCGGUCCAGGCACUGAUGAUCCUGUCAAUCAUCUUCAGCUUCUUGUCCCUCUUCCUAUUUUUCUGCCAGCUCUUCACGCUGCAGAAGGGUGGACGCUUCUUCCUCACCGGAGCCUUCCAGGUCUUUGCCAGUCUUUUUGUCAUGAGUGGAGCAAUCAUAUACACGGUGAUGAAUGCCGAGUGGGUCCCACCAUCCGAAUCGUUCGGCUUUGCCUACAUCCUGGCCUGGGUGGCUUUCCCUCUGAUUCUCAUCAGUGGGUUAAUCUAUGUCAUCUUGAGGAAACGAGAAUGAAGUGGCACCCCCUAUCUGUGGCCACCAGAAGCCUAAGCUCUGAAGCUAAUGUACCGCACUGCAUCCACAGACAACUUUCAACAGCCGAUAUCUUCACUUGGGUGUCGCAGAACCACCACCUCCCCCCUCAGAAAAAGACAUAUAACACUCAAUACUGUCAUGAUCUGAAGAUGUAUAUAGUAUCUAUGAUUUAAAACCUAUUUAUAACACUUUUUACAUAUAUGUACAUAGUAUUGUUGUGUUUGUUGACAAAGAACCUCUUAAAAAAAAGCUUUUUGUUUUUAGCUAAUUAAGUGCCUAAAGUGUGUGUUUGUCAGAGGUAAGUACAUUAUUAGCCAUAUUGUGUGUCAAUUUUAUUUUCGUAUACUGCCAAAAACAGUUAUAAAAAGUUGUUUGAAGUAUUUUAACCAAAGAGCAUGUAUUAAAUAUAGCGACAGGGAGAAGAUGUCUUCUAAAUGAAACCGCUUUAGAACUAGAGAGAAGAUAAUGCAGACUCUCACAUAUUGAUGACUUACGCUUAGGUAAAUAUAGAGUGGUUGGCCAUUUUCUGCUUCUAAGAGGGUAUUAAGUUCAUACAAUUUUUUGUUUCUUCUUUUUUUAUUAUUAUUGUUAUUCAACAAAAUGGUGCUAUGUAUUUACCAUUCCUAUAGCCAUUUAGCCUUUAUCUAGCCAGAUAGAAGAUUUAAAGCCAAUGCCUGGGAGUAGAAGUGACAAGUACAUGCUUCUGUACAUACAAUACCUACCAAAAAGAGACUCAUUUUAUAAUAAAUCGUGUUUUAAAUAACAUAAGACUUGAUUUUUAGUCCAGCAUUUGGUUUUGACAGAUAAAAGACAUAGGAGAAUGUAGCACAUAGUUAGAGCUGGGAGAAGUCCAUGACUGAGCAUUAAUGUAGUUUAUUUUACUACAAGUUGUGAGGCUAAUUAGACUACAGUAGAAAGAUCUCUAGCUUGAUGAUGGAUGAUUCAUUAGGUCAGUUUACUCUGCGGUGAUUGUAUGCUCUUUAAGUGAAUGCUCAUAUACUGUAAUAGCUAGAAGGGCAUUACAUUAGCAAAAACCACCAGGAAGGUUUAAACUGCCUUGUACAGUCCCAUGUGACUUGAAGAUGAAAACAAGUAUGAGUGCCUAUACCACAUUAAUCUGUUGUGCAGUUUAAACCAUUGUGUCUUCAGCUAGCAUAAAAAAAGCCAAAGAACACCUAACAAACGUACAGGUAAAACUAUAUGAAGUACGUUAUUUUGAUUUAAGGGACUCUUGGUGGUAGUUUCCGUGGAUAAAAACAGGCUUGUGAAUGCCGAUCACAAAUUUUAGGUUGGAAGAAGUAUGAAAAUCUAGUUUUUUUGCAUUUGUUUGCGGAAUUCUGCUGAUACUUGAAAUGUGACAUGCUGACAAUGUCUGCCGUCUUUGAGAUGCAUUGUAUCCACCAUGGAAGGUAGAAGUCCAUCACGAUGUUUAAAUGAAGAUCAUGUAGUUGUUUAAAAAUACAUCACUUGUGAACUUGUGAAAUACAAGCUUCGUUAUCUGUACAAACCGCACAUCGAGGACCAUGUAGGAGAACUCUAUAGUAGGAUCCCUCUGCGAGAAAACAGCACUGAAACCAACAAUAAAUACCAUUAACUGAAUAUGCUGCCUGAUCUCAUGGUUAUUACAUGAUUUAUGUUAUUGAAAUGUGUUCAAGGGCAUGCCUCAAACAAUGAGCUAAUCAACUUAAAGGAAACCUGUAAAUACAUAAAUGGAGUCUAGAUAUGACAUUUAAGAAACAUUAAGAAGUAUUGUUUGACUUAUAAAUGCUUCUUUACCAGCAUGUGAAGCCGUGUUCACAACAGUUUGCUCAUAUUUAAAAGUAAUUAAGCACUAAUAUUGACCACUACAAUGAUUCAUAACAGAUUUGCAGAAUCAGUGGGUUUGAUGACUGCAGGAUAGAAGAAGAUUAUGAUAUUAAAAAUUAUAACAUUGUAAGUCACUUACUCAGCACUGUAAGUUAUUUAAGAACUUCUUAAUGUUACUUCUCCAAAUGCUUGCAUAGGCAGGGUUUGUUUAUAUGGUCAGAGGAGGAAUCUUGACCUCUUAUGAUGGCCAACUUAGAAAAUGCCUCUCUGUGUCACGCUGAAAAGCUGUUCAGAUGAAUGCCUCUGCUUGUGUAUUUAUUAAAAGCCAUUAAAGAGAUGUUGCUUGUUGGAA